AUUUAUAUUCUGUCCUACCCCACGUCCCCCCAUGUAGACCCUCGACAAUUUAAUAAGAUAUCGGAUCCAAAAACAGACAUGCCAAUUUAAUUUUUCAUUUUUUGGAGAAAAUAGACUAUAACAGCACGUAGCUCAGUAUCUCACUGUGUGGCUGUGUAGGGAUAUGUGACUGAAUGUGGUACUGAGUGUGUAUCUGUGAAUACCUUGUGUGUAUCCCUAUGUAUGUAUGAGUGGGGGAGACCGUGAAUGAAAUGCCAAAGUGUUGUAUUAAUAAUCUGUGUGUCUCUGGCUGCUCAAACUGCAAGUCUCCUCCUCUCUCCUUAACUGCCUCGUUCCAAUAACUAGAACGGCACACUGUGCUCAGAGCCUCAGCACAAACACCCAUCAUCCCAGCACACUGUGCUCAGAGCCUCAGCACAAACACCCAUCAUCCCAGCACACUGUGCUCAGAGCCUCAGCACAAACACCCAUCAUCCCAGCACACUGUGCUCAGAGCCUCAGCACAAACACCCAUCAUCCCAGCACAGUGUGCUCAGAGCCUCAGCACAAACACCCAUCAUCCCAGCACAGUGUGCUCAGAGCAUCAACACCAGGACCCAUCAUCCCAGCACAGUGUGCUCAGAGCAUCAACACCAGGACCCAUCUUCCCAGCACAGUGCGGGUACACGGCUUCUACACCAGGACCCAUUAUCCCAGCACAGUGCGUGUACACGGCUUCUACACCAGGACCCAUCAUCCCAGCACAGUGCGUGUACACGGCUUCUACACCAGGACCCAUCAUCCCAGCACAGUGCGUGUACACGGCUUCUACACCAGGACCCAUCAUCCCAGCACAGUGCACGUACACGGCUUCAACACCAGGACCCAUAAUCCCAGCACAUUGCGUGUACACGACUGCAACACCAGGACCCAUCAUUCCAGCACAGUGUUAUACACAGAGCCUCAACAUCAAGAUCCAUCAUCCCAGCACAGUGUGUGUACACGGCUUCCACACCAGGACCCAUCAUCUCCAGCACAGCGUGUGUACACAGCUCUGAGUGCAUCUAGUCCCAUAAACUGAUUCCAGCUCAAUGUGUAGCCAGCCCAAUGGACCGAUCCCAGCUCUGUGCGUAGCCAGCCCAAUGGACCGAUCCCAGCUCUGUGCGUAGCCAGCCCAAUGGACCGAUCCCAGCUCUGUGUGUAGCCAGCUCAGUGGAUUGAUCUCAGCCCAAUGAACUGAUUCCAGCUCUGUGUGUAGCCAUCCCAAUGGACUGAAUCCCAGCUUAAUGUGUAGCCAGCCCAAUGGACUGAAUCCCAGCUUAAUGUGUAGCCAGCCCAAUGGACUGAUCCCAGCUCUGUGCAUAGCUAGCCCAAUGGACCGAUCCCAGUUCUGUGCAUAACCAGCCCAAUGGACUGAUCCCAGUUCUGUGAAUAGCCAGCUCAGUGGAUUGAUCUCAGCCCAAUGGACUGAUCCCAGUUCUGUGUGUAGCCAGCCCAAUGGACUGACCCCAGCUCUGCGUGUAGCCAGCUCAGUGGAUUGAUCUCAGCCCAAUGGACUGAUCCCAGUUUAUAUACAUUGUGCAAUUGUUGCUCACAUCUAGACUCCAGGAUGGCCAAAACGUACUGCUUUCUGGGAUGUUUUCUAGGUAGGUGGGAACCGUUUGGUUCCAUAUUUAUACCACUAUAAAGAAUAUCUUUCAUAUUGUUCUGUAUCCGGACCGGUCCCAGCAGAUGACAUGGGUAGGAGCAGUUUGCUCACCUCGAACACAUUUAUAAAUGGAAGAUAUUUGUUUGAGUUUUUUUUAUGUUUGUCACUAAUAACAGCUAACAAGUUCUGUGCAGGAUACGGAGCCAGAGCCAAGUGCUACAAGCAUUUUUCAUAGAAACCUGAAGAUUGGUCCUGCUCAUUGCCCCACUAUUAGCCCUGUGCCCUGUGUGUAGUAAGGAGUGUCUCCUGCAGGAUUCAGGUAAAGGGUAAUAUCACACAAUGUUUAGUGGUAUUACCGCUAUGUCGUCACCUGUGUUUAGAUGUUUUAAAGCAAUGACUUUAUUCUCCCCGUCGAAACUCUGUACCAUGCAUCCAUAGGCGUUGUUAAGGGGGGAUUUGGGGCCUGAACCUCUUUACCCAUUGAUCUCUAGAAUUAGUGGAGCGGGCUGGGGGCCGUUUGUGUGUUUAUUCAUUUUUAUUUUUACAUCAAUUAUCUGCUUCUCAAAGCAGCCAUCAAUUAUAAAACAAAGAUUAGUGGUAUAGUGCCCCCCAGGUGACUGUAAGGUAGCGUGAUGGGAAUGCAUUGAGUAUCUGCAAGGUCAAUAUUUGGUACGUCUAUACGUUUGAGCUAAGGAAUACUAUAGCCAUUACUGCCGUCCAAGAGUAGUGGGAGUUUUAGUGCAGGACUCAUUUCUGGGGGGUUUUAGCUGAAAGAAAAACAAACAAUAAUUGAGAGGUAGACCCCACCAAAGCCCAGUCCAUUCACUAAACCGAUGAAGUGUGGAGGAACUUUGAAAUCUUCUACCAAUUAAUGUGCUUAGUGGGCUCAUCCUUCCAGCUGGGACCACAGACAUUAUCUUGUAGACACUCUUUGAAGCGGACAUUGUAUAGAAGUUUCCUAAAUUCACUUGGAGGCUUUUUGUCUGCCCAUGCAAUGCUUCCACGCUGUCAGAUAAACAUUGAGGGCUCAUAAGGGGCUAAAAUGUUUUCAUAAGCUGAAGCUUGUUAUUAUUCCGGUUAAUUCCUUGGGAGGGAAGACAUUAAGCUGUCCGUGGGACGCUUAGAACAUGACCCCGGACAAUUCAUCCUUCAAAUAAUAGAUUAAAACAAGUUUGAAAUGCAAAUCCUUCCACAGGCAGCAAAGUUCUGUGUGUGUUCCCUGGAUUCUUUUAUUUGGGAAAGAUCCAACGUUGGAAAUGGAAGCUCCCAGCUUUACCAUUUUAAUUCUCAGAACCAUUAUUUACAAUCUGUGGGACGUAUUUUCCAAGCGACCCAAGCUUGUUAGCUCUAUAUGUCGUGUUACAUAUGGAAAUCAAAGAAUAAAAUAGAAACUUUUCAGACGUAAAUAUUGGAACUGCAGAUAUAAUCAUGGCAGACCCACAAUUAUCAGUAGUCCUAAUAAUGCCCAAAUGUAUUUUAUUUCCCACGAAAACUGGGGCAGCCUCCACUGGAAGUGAUCAAUCAGAAUAUUAGUGAAAUGGUCUUGUUUACUACUUGUCAAAUUCACGAUAUUACCAGACUUCAUUACAUGGCGUAAAAUGCCACAAAAUGUGACAAAACAGAGAGUGAAGCCCAUAACCACAAACAAAUCAUCAAUAGAAACCCACAUAGUAAAAUCCCACAUGGAGUGUUUACAUUCUCCUCCCCUAUAGCGUUAUCUCUAUAUAGCUACAUGUUAUGAUGUGCUGUGAUGUAAUGAGAUUAUUUAAUGUCAGGUUAAUAACUGUCCCGUUUUCAGGACUUGUCGCUGGAAGGAAAUUCUGGGAAGUACCCGAUCCAAUGGAUCAAAUUCCUAGCUCUGCCGGACUGAAAGGGGAGGACCAGUGUCUUUACCAACUGCACCACCUACAGGACGGGGCACGUAUUACUGCUCUACUACCUCCCAGUAUCGAAGGCAACUGGAUCUCCACAGGGUGAGCUUCUAGAACGUGGCCUUGACCUGGGUGUUAGUGGAUAAUGGACGCUACUAACCUGUUACAUAGUGAGCAGGAAACGCAUCUCCAUCUAACAUGUGUGACAAACUAAUGUAACCUGACUAGACGUGCAUGGUACCCACCUCCAUCCCAUAAUACUACAUGUAAUAACUAGACGUGCAUGGUACUUACCUCCAUCCCAUAAUACUACAUGUAAUAACUAGACGUGCAUGGUACUUACCUCCACCCCAUAAUACUACAUGUAAUGACUAGACGUGCAUGGUACCCACCUCCACCCCAUAACGUGCAUGGUACCUACCUCCACCCCAUAAUACUACAUGUAAUGACUAAACGUGCAUGGUACCUACCUCCACCCCAUAAUACUACAUGUAAUGACUAAACGUGCAUGGUACCUACCUCCACCCCAUAAUACUACAUGUAAUGACUAAACGUGCAUGGUACCUACCUCCACCCCAUAAUACUACAUGUAAUGACUAGACGUGCAUGGUACCUACCGCCAUCCCAUAAUACUACAUGUAAUAACUAGACGUGCAUGGUACUUACCUCCACCCCAUAAUACUACAUGUAAUGACUAAACGUGCAUGGUACCUACCUCCACCCCAUAAUACUACAUGUAAUGACUAGACGUGCAUGGUAGCUACCUCCAUCCCAUAAUACUACAUGUAAUAACUAGACGUGCAUGGUACCCACCUCCAUCCCAUAAUACUACAUGUAAUGACUAGACGUGCAUGGUACUUACCUCCACCCCAUAAUACUACAUGUAAUGACUAGACGUGCAUGGUACCUACCUCCAUCCCAUAAUACUACAUGUAAUGACUAGACAUGCAUGGUACCUACCUCCACCCCAUAAUACCACAUGUAAUGACUAGACGUGCAUGGUACCUACCCCCAUCCCAUAAUACUACAUGUAAUGACUAGACGUGCAUGGUACCUACCGCCAUCCCAUAAUACUACAUGUAAUGACUAAACGUGCAUGGUACCUACCUCCACCCCAUAAUACUACAUGUAAUAACUAGACGUGCAUGGUACCUACCGCCAUCCCAUAAUACUACAUGUAAUGACUAGACGUGCAUGGUACCUACCUCCACCCCAUAAUACUACAUGUAAUGACUAGACGUGCAUGGUACCUACCUCCACCCCAUAAUACUACAUGUAAUGACUAGACGUGCAUGGUACUUACCUCCACCCCAUAAUACUACAUGUAAUGACUAGACUUGCAUGGUACCUACCUCCACCCCAUAAUACUACAUGUAAUGACUAGACGUGCAUGGUACCUACCGCCAUCCCAUAAUACUACAUGUAAUGACUAGACGUGCAUGGUACUUACCUCCACCCCAUAAUACUACAUGUAAUGACUAGACGUGCAUGGUACCCACCUCCACCCCAUAACGUGCAUGGUACCUACCUCCACCCCAUAAUACUACAUGUAAUAACUAAACGUGCAUGGUACCUACCUCCACCCCAUAAUACUACAUGUAAUAACUAGACGUGCAUGGUACCCACCUCCAUCCCAUAAUACUACAUGUAAUGACUAGACGUGCAUGGUACUUACCUCCACCCCAUAAUACUACAUGUAAUGACUAGACGUGCAUGGUACCCACCUCCAUCCCAUAAUACUACAUGUAAUGACUAGACGUGCAUGGUACUUACCUCCACCCCAUAAUACUACAUGUAAUCACUAGACGUGCAUGGUACCUACCUCCAUCCCAUAAUACUACAUGUAAUGACUAGACGUGCAUGGUACCUACCUCCACCCCAUAAUACCACAUGUAAUGACUAGACGUGCAUGGUACCUACCCCCAUCCCAUAAUACUACAUGUAAUGACUAGACGUGCAUGGUACCUACCGCCAUCCCAUAAUACUACAUGUAAUGACUAAACGUGCAUGGUACCUACCUCCACCCCAUAAUACUACAUGUAAUAACUAGACGUGCAUGGUACCUACCGCCAUCCCAUAAUACUACAUGUAAUGACUAGACGUGCAUGGUACCUACCUCCACCCCAUAAUACUACAUGUAAUGACUAGACGUGCAUGGUACCUACCUCCACCCCAUAAUACUACAUGUAAUGGCUAGACGUGCAUGGUACUUACCUCCACCCCAUAAUACUACAUGUAAUGACUAGACGUGCAUGGUACCUACCUCCACCCCAUAAUACUACAUGUAAUGACUAGACGUGCAUGGUACCUACCGCCAUCCCAUAAUACUACAUGUAAUGACUAGACGUGCAUGGUACUUACCUCCACCCCAUAAUACUACAUGUAAUGACUAGACGUGCAUGGUACCCACCUCCACCCCAUAACGUGCAUGGUACCUACCUCCACCCCAUAAUACUACAUGUAAUAACUAAACGUGCAUGGUACUUACCUCCACCCCAUAAUACUACAUGUAAUAACUAGACGUGCAUGGUACUUACCUCCACCCCAUAAUACUACAUGUAAUGACUAAACGUGCAUGGUACCUACCUCCACCCCAUAAUACUACAUGUAAUAACUAGACGUGCAUGGUACCUACCUCCACCCCAUAAUACUACAUGUAAUAACUAGACGUGCAUGGUACCUACCGCCAUCCCAUAAUACUACAUGUAAUAACUAGACGUGCAUGGUACCUACCGCCAUCCCAUAAUACUACAUGUAAUAACUAGACGUGCAUGGUACCUACCUCCACCCCAUAAUACUACAUGUAAUGACUAGACGUGCAUGGUACCUACCUCCAUCCCAUAAUACCACAUGUAAUAACUAGACGUGCAUGGUACCUACCUCCACCCCAUAAUACCACAUGUAAUGACUAGACGUGCAUGGUACCUACCUCCACCCCAUAAUACCACAUGUAAUAACUAGAAUGACUAGACGUGCAUGGUACCUACCUCCAUCCCAUAAUACCACAUGUAAUAACUAGACGUGCAUGGUACCUACCUCCAUCCCAUAAUACCACAUGUAAUAACUAGACGUGCAUGGUACCCACCUCCAUCCCAUAAUACUACAUGUAAUGACUAAACGUGCAUGGUACCUACCUCCACCCCAUAAUACUACAUGUAAUAACUAGACGUGCAUGGUACCUACCCCCAUCCCAUAAUACUACAUGUAAUAACUAGACGUGCAUGGUACCUACCUCCACCCCAUAAUACUACAUGUAAUGACUAGACGUGCAUGGUACCUACCCCCAUCCCAUAAUACUACAUGUAAUAACUAGACGUGCAUGGUACCUACCUCCACCCCAUAAUACUACAUGUAAUGACUAAACGUGCAUGGUACCUACCUCCAUCCCAUAAUACCACAUGUAAUAACUAGACGUGCAUGGUACCUACCUCCACCCCAUAAUACUACAUGUAAUGACUAGACGUGCAUGGUACCUACCUCCACCCCAUAAUACCACAUGUAAUGACUAGACGUGCAUGGUACCUACCGCCAUCCCAUAAUACUACAUGUAAUGACUAGACGUGCAUGGUACCUACCGCCAUCCCAUAAUACUACAUGUAAUGACUAGACGUGCAUGGUACCUACCUCCACCCCAUAAUACUACAUGUAAUAACUAGACGUGCAUGGUACCUACCUCCAUCCCAUAAUACUACAUGUAAUGACUAGACGUGCAUGGUACCUACCUCCAUCCCAUAAUACUACAUGUAAUGACUAGACGUGCAUGGUACCUACCUCCACCCCAUAAUACUACAUGUAAUAACUAGACGUGCAUGGUACCUACCCCCAUCCCAUAAUACUACAUGUAAUGACUAGACGUGCAUGGUACCUACCGCCAUCCCAUAAUACUACAUGUAAUGACUAGACGUGCAUGGUACCUACCGCCACCCCAUAAUACUACAUGUAAUAACUAGACGUGCAUGGUACCUACCUCCACCCCAUAAUACUACAUGUAAUAACUAGACGUGCAUGGUACUUACCUCCACCCCAUAAUACUACAUGUAAUAACUAGACGUGCAUGGUACUUACCUCCACCCCAUAAUACUACAUGUAAUGACUAAACGUGCAUGGUACCUACCUCCACCCCAUAAUACUACAUGUAAUAACUAGACGUGCAUGGUACCUACCUCCACCCCAUAAUACUACAUGUAAUAACUAGACGUGCAUGGUACCUACCGCCAUCCCAUAAUACUACAUGUAAUAACUAGACGUGCAUGGUACCUAACGCCAUCCCAUAAUACUACAUGUAAUAACUAGACGUGCAUGGUACCUACCUCCACCCAUAAUACUACAUCCAUAAUAACUAGGCGUGCAUGGUACCUACCCCCAUCCCAUAAUACUACAUGUAAUAACUAGGCGUGCAUGGUACCUACCUCCCACCAUAAUACUACAUGUAAUAACUAGGCAUGGUACCUACCUCCACCCAUAAUACCACAUGUAAUAACUAGGCGUGCAUGGUACCUACAUCCAUCCCAUAAUACUACAUGUAAUGACUAGGCGUGCAUGGUACCUACCGCCAUCCCAUAUACUACAUGUAAUGACUAGACAUGCAUGGUACCUCCACCCAUAAUACUACAUGUAAUAACUAGACGUGCAUGGUACCUACCUCCAUCCCAUAAUACCACAUGUAAUGACUAGACGUGCAUGGUACCUACCUCCACCCCAUAAUACUACAUGUAAUAACUAGACGUGCAUGGUACCUACCUCCACCCCAUAAUACUACAUGUAAUAACUAGACGUGCAUGGUACCUACCUCCAUCCCAUAAUACCACAUGUAAUGACUAAACGUGCAUGGUACCUACCUCCACCCCAUAAUACUACAUGUAAUAACUAGACGUGCAUGGUACCUACCUCCACCCCAUAAUACUACAUGUAAUGACUAGACGUGCAUGGUACCUACCGCCAUCCCAUAAUACUACAUGUAAUAACUAGACGUGCAUGGUACUUACCUCCACCCCAUAAUACUACAUGUAAUGACUAGACGUGCAUGGUACCUACCUCCAUCCCAUAAUACUACAUGUAAUGACUAGACGUGCAUGGUACCUACCUCCACCCCAUAAUACUACAUGUAAUAACUAGACGUGCAUGGUACCUACCCCCACCCCAUAAUACUACAUGUAAUAACUAGACGUGCAUGGUACCUACCUCCACCCCAUAAUACUACAUGUAAUAACUAGACGUGCAUGGUACCUACCUCCACCCCAUAAUACCACAUGUAAUAACUAGACGUGCAUGGUACCUACCGCCAUCCCAUAAUACUACAUGUAAUGACUAGACGUGCAUGGUACCUACCGCCAUCCCAUAAUACUACAUGUAAUGACUAGACGUGCAUGGUACUUACCUCCACCCCAUAAUACUACAUGUAAUGACUAAACGUGCAUGGUACCUACCUCCACCCCAUAAUACCACAUGUAAUGACUAGACGUGCAUGGUACCUACCUCCAUCCCAUAAUACCACACAUAAUAAGCUAAUGUAAUAGGACUAGACAUGCACUAUAUGCACUAAUAUCUAGAGAGGGCCAGAUGGUUUAAUGUACAUGGCAGGGACAAGGUCUCCGAUUCUACUUCCUGUCAAUGUCUAGAUAUCACAAGGCCAGUGUUUGUCUAGUAAUCUACCCGUCUCUCCCGGGAAUAUUACAUCCAUUCCAACCUCGCUCUUUAUUAUUACUUUUAAUAGAAGGAAGAAAUUGAUUUCCCUAACUCUGCAAAAGUAAAUCGCUUUAAUGUCAUUUUUACAUCAUCCAGGGGUGUCAUCAAAGGAGAGUCUACCUCAUCUCCUGUCCCUGGAAGCAGAUUUCAAAGGUUAUUUUUAUUUAACUUAUUUUAAAGUCAGAUGGAGCCAUUUCCCGUAUACUCGGUGCUUUGUAAUUAGAAUAAGUAUGGGUCAGCGUCUAGUACCAAUCUUAAACUUAUCGCAUCCACUUUCAUGUGUUUGUUUUUCCUUUAAGUUCGUCGACAAGUUGGACCUGUGUGCUAAAAAUGAGCCAGGGUUCUAUUCAUCAACUAAGCUCUCGUUAAAUAUAAAAAUUAUUUUAGAAAUGAGGUUCCAAUGCACACCAUCCUGACUUGCACUUUCUUUACUGAUAGGUGUGAAGUCCGCCCUGGACCUGAAUUCCUCACAAGAUCCUACACGUUCUAUCCAAAUCGUUUAUUCAAAGCCUUGCAAUUCUACUAUGGAGACCAUGACUGCAGGAAGCCCUCCUACUCCUUAGUGAUCAAAGGAAAGGUACGGCUGCGCCAAGCCUCCUGGAUAACAAGGGGUGCUACGGAGGCAGAUUACAGCCUGCACAAAGUCGGGGUGAUCUUCUACAGCCAGGAGGCAAUGAGCCACAUUGCAGCUCAGAUGAACCGGACAUGUGCUGGGUUUGUCUCUUCUGGACGGCCUUGGGCACCUGGUAGAGUGUACGAACUUCUCAGUGCCAAGGCAGACAGGGACUGUACGGCUGCCAUUGGAUUUACCAUGCAUGAACUAAGCCUGGUCCGAGCGGAGAAGCAAUACAAUGCCCCCCAUGUGGGGGCUUUGGUGGAGAAGCUCUUCCUCGGAGACAUUCAUACUAAGAAGUCAGAGAGAGUCCAUUACCGGCCAACCGGAUACCAGACGCCCCUGCAAAGUGCAAUGGUAGGUGACCACAUCCCAAUAACAGGGGAACCGUUAACGGUGCCAAUGCUUUAUACACCCACUCUCACGGUAUGGCGCUCGAUACAAUCGCUAUAUAUAAUGUAUGUAAUAUAUGUAUCCUUUAUUAGAUCAACAGAGCUCAAUGUUUAGUGAAUAAACACCAUCCACCAUUUCUCAAAUUUGUGGGAAUUAUGAUACGAUACCAGGGGUGGUUUUAUUUACACAUUUAUUGAAUGGAUUUAACAGGGGUGACGUGAUAUUUUAAGGUAGGAUGGAGUGAAUCUACCACCAGCCUCCAAUGCUGUAUUCCUUUAAGUCUAGCAGCUCCUGUUACUCAGUAUCUUGUGUUCUUUCCGAGUGUUUGUUUGACCGAGGAAAUGGUUUUGUCUUUUCACAGCAUCACAUCCAGCCGUGCCAGGUCUGCCUUCUAAUUCUACGCUCCAAUGAACAUCAUCCACCUGUCUUACCUCACGUUCCGCACACCCAGGUGCAGCUCAGCGGAAAAUGGGUGAGCAGCCAAUGUGAGGUACGCCCCGCCGUCCUCUUCCUUACGCGCUCCUUAACCUUCCACGGGGAGAACCACACGUGGGAAGGAUUAUAUUACCAUUAUGCUGACCCACUCUGCAAGCAGCCCACAUUCACCCUGUAUGCCUCAGGACACUAUACUAAAGGAGUCCACUCAGAGCAUGUCAGGGGGGGCACAGAACUGAUUUUUAAGGUAAGCCACGCUAGGGUCCGACCACUGAACCAGUCCAUCCUGCGGAUGCUGAACAACGCUCACCAUGGCAGCUGUGGCAUGUCUGGCAAAUGGCGCAUACGGGAAGAACAGGAUAUCACAGACACAGGUGGUUGCAACGCAUUAGGAAUUCGGCUACCACACAUAGAAUAUGAACUUUUUAAAACGGAACAGGACAGCAGUGGGCGAUCUCUUGUGUACAUGGGUGAGAGGCCUACGGAUGGGAGCAGCCCAGAUACACCAGACAAAAGGCCAACAUCCUACCAACCUCCUCUACUCAAGUGUGCUGAGCAUCACUUACCUAGCCCCCGCCAAGGCAUGGCCAUCCCGCUGAGCCUAUCGCCCUUAUUGCAGCCCUGCCUGACCCUAAUCAUUGGGCUCUAUGUUUGUCAGGCAGCAAUCACCUAGGGUAGACCAUCCCACUGAGCCUAUUGCCCUUAUUGUAGCCCUGCCUGACCCUAAUCAUUCGUCUCUAUGUGAGUAUGGCAGCAAUCAUCUAGGGUACACCAUCCCACUGAGCCUAUCGCCAUUAUUGUAGCCCUACCGGACUCUAAUCAUUGGGCUCUAAGUGUGUCAGGCAGCAAUCACCUAGGGUACACCAUCCCACUGAGUCUAUCGCCCUUAUUGCAUCUCUGCCUGACUCUAACAAACUUACAAUAUAUAGUAAGGUAUAAAUGGUCCAAACUGGCAUUUUGGUUUUUAAGGUACAAAAUUUCAACCUCUACAGGGUUGUGAUUCUCCUACAGUCAAACAAAAUGAUAUAAAUGUAUUAACUUUAAUAAUUGCAUAUCUUGUCAAAUAUAUUGUAAAUAUGUCUAUAUGGGUAAUGUACUAAUGUAAAAAAAUUAUCUAGAAACUAAGUACAGAGCAGGCUCUUUCAUUCAACAAUAUACUACACAUUUGAGUGGUUUCUGUUUUUAAAAAUGUUCAAUUCCUGAGAUAAACACUGUUUUUGUAAAUGUAGGGCUGCCAAUCCGCCACAAGAAAUACUUUCUCCAUAACCGGCAAUAUGUGUCCUGCGACUUUUGCAUCUAUAUUCAGCAUGUGACACAAUGCUGGUCCAAUAGUGGCUGGGUUCAUUAUAUAGACACACAGACCUGGUAUUGGUCCAAUAGUGGCUGAGUGCAUUCUAUAGACACACAGACCUGGUAUUGGUCCAAUAGUGGCUGAGUGCAUUAUAUAGACACACAGACUUGGUAUUGGUCCAAUAGUGGCUGAGUGCAUUAUAUAGACACACAGACUUGGAAUUGGUCCAAUAGUGGCUGGUGCAUUAUAUAGACACACACAGACUUGGAAUUGGUCCAAUAGUGGCUGAGUGCAUUAUAUAGACACACAGACCUGGUAUUGGUCCAAUAGUGGCUGAGUGCAUUAUAUAGACACACAGACCUGGUAUUGGUCCAAUAGUGGAUGAUUGCAUUAUAUAGACACACAGACCUGGUAUUGGUCCAAUAGUGGCUGAGUGCAUUAUAUAGACACACACAGACCUGGUAUUGGUCCAAUAGUGGCUGGGUGGAUUAUAUAGACACACACAGACUUGGAAUUGGUCCAAUAGUGGCUGAGUGCAUUAUAUAGACACACACAGACCUGGUAUUGGUCCAAUAGUGUCUGGGUUCAUUAUAUAGACACACAGACCUGGUAUUGGUCCAAUAGUGGCUGAGUGCAUUAUAUAGACACACACAGACCUGGUAUUGGUCCAAUAGUGGCUGGGUACAUUAUAUAGACACACACAGACUUGGAAUUGGUCCAAUAGUGGCUGGGUGCAUUAUAUAGACACACGCAGACUUGGAAUUGGUCCAAUAGUGGCUGGGUGCAUUAUAUAGACACACGCAGACAUGGAAUUGGUCCAAUAGUGGCUGGGUGCAUUAUAUAGACACACACAGACUUGGAAUUGGUCCAAUAGUGGCUGGGUGCAUUAUAUAGAGACACACAGACUUGGGAGUUUCAGCCAACUGAAACCAGACACAUUUGGGAAAAUUAUCUAACUGGGCAAGUCAUCGUUUUGCUAUUUUUGCUUGAAUUUUUCCAUUCAAAUGUAAUUUACCCAAUUUUGUCAUUUAUUGAAAAACUAACAGCGUCAAAGCUCCUGCCUUUUGAUUCUUUGGCCAUUUAACCAACUCUGCAAUAGACUUUAAACGGCUCUGGUUUUUUACCUUUUCUCUAGCUAUGUCUGCGAGAAGGAAGUCACUUUGUUGGGAACUCAUGUCCUGUAAUAGUGAGUACAUGUACCUGCUGCACUCCAACUCCUAUCGUGCUCAGUGAGAUUCUGUCUGAUGUUAACAGCCUGCUUAGCCGAUAACUUGCUAAACAACCUUUGUGGAAUAUAACGGAUUCCUACAAUGGAUUGCAGAGACUGAUAAAUUAUAGCUUUAUACAGCAAUUCAAUAUAUAAAUUGACAUUUAAAAAGAGAGAAUUAAAACAAGUCACUUGAGCUAAUACAGCAUUAAUGUAAUAUGAAUCUCUAAGUCUCAAUAAAACCACCCAUCUUUAAGAAACAUAGGACUGCAGAUUUGUCUUCCAUACUUACCAAUAAGAAGCGUAGGAUUGAACAAUGCCCAGCAUUAGACAGUAAGUGUUGGACAAAAAGGGCCAGUUCUGCAGUUAGUGGGAAAAAAAUUUUAGGCCAUAUAUUGGGAAAUAUAUGUGCUAAUUUUUAAUAAAUACAUAUUUGUUUUUUUGGGAAAUAUUAAUUAUAUGCAUUAUAAUAAAAUAUGUUUGGAUUAAGGCGACCGUACAAAGGCGAUUUAUGGUGCUGGUCAUUGUAUCCAUCAUGGCUUAUAUCACUUGUCGAAAUUGAGUCUCCCUCUUGUCUGAUGUCAGGUAAAUGGUGUGGCAGAGGAGCAACUUCCUGGUACGGCAGACUUUAUGGGAAAAGAACAUUGAAAAGAUCCCUUAAAGCACUGGCACUCUGUUAAAAGAGUCAGUAAAUAGGAUUUGAAAUAUUGUAAAUCAAACCACUUGAAAUGGAUGUAAAGUGUGAGAAGUAUCAGGGAGGUGAAUCAAUAAAGGACUCUGAGCUAGGUAGAUGUACUGUAUGAAUGCUAGCAAUAUAGCUUUCAUUCGGCUGCAGCAGGAGAAAAAAAAAAUGAAAUUUUAGUAGGUCAGAUUUUCAUCAAAAUUAUAUUUUAGUAGACCAGCUGUGCAUAAUUUUACACUUUAGUAAAUAGUAGGACUGCAACUAAUGAUUAUUUUUUUCUUGAUUAAUUGGAAAUAAAAGAUUGCAGGUGCGGAUUGGGUCUGUAGCUACAACUGGCGUGUGCGGAGUGGGUCUAAAGGCUUGUGCGGAGUGUUUCACUGGGAUUUACACGUCAGGUGAAGAGUUGGUAGGGGAAAUAGGUAAAAGGUGCAGAUCACUUUGUAGGGUGCAGCAGGGCUCAGAGAGGAGGCAGUGGGGAUAGCCAUAGUGAGGUUACUAGUCAAGUUUGGAUCGGGUCCAAUAAUCCAGUUACUGGCCGUCAGGGGAUGUAAGACAUUAGUCCAGCCAUGCUCCAACCCACAACAGUGUCUGCACAGGACAAAGCCAACUUAGGCAUUGUCCAGUCCAUUCCCAUUAAGAUUACAGACCGCACCCCAAUAACAACAGUUGUUCACUGCGGGCUAUGACAAGGCAGCUAUGAUAAGACUACAUUUCCCAUGCUGCUCACCGAACAGGAAUAGAUUACCCAGGGAUGACUUUGCAGACUCUGCAGCACAGAAAGAAAAUCAUCCUCAGCCUGACAGACGGUAGAUGUGGGACAAAAUGUGUGUAAAGGGGCGAGGGGCGGCGCAUCACUCGGCUCGGUCUUCCAGUGUUCAGAACUUGGAGUGCAGGUAGCGAAAGAUUAGAUCACCAGUGGGAAAAAUGCAAUUUAAAUCUGAUUUGCCAGCUGUAAAGCAGCACCUAUCAACUAAUCGAUAAUGACAACGAUUGACCACUAUAGGCACCCAGACCACUUCAGCUCAAUGCUAAUAUUGAUUAUUAGCAAUAAGUGGUUUCAGCCCUAGUAAACAGCCCUGUCGGUGGUUCAGGAAUCACAACCAGAGUUUAUUCAUAAAACCAACUCUAAAUUGUAGCAAAUUAAAAUGUAAAUGACAUGUAGGAACCAUUCUCCAGCUGGGAUAUUUUAGUCUGAAUUUUGCAUUUUUUAUUACUAUACAGCCUGUUGGAGAUUGUUGCCUAACUAGUAACGUGCCCCUCCCUGACAUGAGUUAAAUGUUGGCACACACAGUGGCAUGGCCUAACACUAACUGCAUCCAAGUGAAAGGCAUGAGAUUUAGUUUUGCACAGCCCUAUUAUUACGAUGCAUGGUGUGACAUUUGCUAACUGUUACAUAGCUGAAAAGAGACUUGUGUCCGUCAAGUUCAGCCUUCCUCACAUGUGUG